AUGGCAGUGAUGGACAGAAAUAUGUUGUCCCCGCUGGGUAUCUUUUUUCUGGUCAUUUUCGGGAUUGAGUCCAUUGUUUCUAUCUUGGGGAACGGAUUCAUCAUAGUUGUGAACUGCUGCAGCUGGCUCCAAAGCCAGAAGAUACUCCUUUGUGAUUUCCUACUUAUCACUCUGAGCCUCUCCAGAUUCCUUUGGCAGUGGAUUACCAUGAGCAGUCAAUUUGUAUAUUUAGGCUAUCCGGAGACAUACAUACAUAGUAAAAAGCAGCAGGCAUUAACCAUCUGCUGGGCUUAUUUGAACACCGCCAGCCUCUGGUGUGCCACCUGGCUCAAUGUCUUCUACUGUGUGAAGGUGACCAACUUUCCUCAUCCUCUCUUUGCAUGGCUGAAGCUAAGAAUUGGGGCGUUGGUGCCCAGAUGCCUUGGAAUAUCUCUCCUGGCUUUCAUGAUAUGCUCUAUAUAUCCUGCCAUGAGGGCUUUUGAAGAUGAAAAAUGCUGCAAUCUCACGGGAAACCUGCCGGACGACACCAGACAAAGUGAGGCUCAUGACCACAACCCUUUUCGUUUUUUAGAUCUUCUCCAGCUGUAUUCUGCUGCCAUCAGUUUUAACAUCUGCUUGACAGCAUCCAGUGUUUUGCUUCUCUCUCUGUGGAGGCACACGAAGAACCUGAAGAAGAGUGGCCUCAGCACCAAGGACCUCAGCACUCAGGCCCACCUCAACGUCAUGAAGCCUUUGCUUCUCUUGCUCAUCUUCUAUGUUAUACAUUUUGCCGCCAUGAUCAUUUCCCUCACUCGUUUUUUCAAGUAUGGCAAGCUUGAGUGGCUGAUUUCUGAUAUAUUCCUGUCUUCGUAUCCUUCGGCACACUCGAUCAUCUUGAUAUUCACCAAUCCCAAGCUGAGAAAAGUGUGUACCCGUGUUCUAAGCCUCAGAAGAAGUCCCUCGUGA